AUGGACUCUGCAGCCGCAGCAGCUGCAGCUGCAGCAGCAACCGCGAUCCAUCUUCAUCAUCAGCAGCCUCCCGCGCCCCCGCCGCAACACCACGUUGGUGUCCUUCAACAACCAACGACACCGAUUAGUAUGCCGCAUCCAACAACUCUAACAUCCUUGCCGCAGUUCCUGCCGAGUCCGGCUCUGGCUUCGCCGGUGGGCUCGUCCUCCUCCCAGCCAGGCGUUGGGGGUGGCAUGGGGGUGAGCAACCAUCCAUGCUCCACACUCUUCGUCGCCAAUCUGGGACAGUUCGUCUCUGAGCACGAGCUCAAGGAGAUAUUCGCCAGGUAG